GCGUUGCUUUACGGCGAUUCUAGUAGUCGCGUCAAGCAGGCUAUUCCGGGCGUUUGGCUGCUUGUCUCCGCACGUGGGACGCUGUAGGUACUGCUGCCGGUGCUUUCUCCUGUGAGUGUGCAGCAGCCACGCUGAAGGACAGAGUGGCGGCAGAGGCCAAGGAUUGUGAGUUGAUGGAGUUUGCUGCUGAAAAUGAAGGGAAGUCUGGGGGAGGCCUCCAAGGUGUCGCCGAGGCGCUGCGGCUAAGUCCAGAGUCUGGUAGGGAGGGAGUCAGGGACUUAGCAGGGGCGGAGGAGACCGGCGGCGGAGAGGAGGGGAAACGACUGACAGGGAUGAAGAUAAGGGAUGGAGAGGAAGGGAGUGGACAAAGGCCAGAGGAAAUACCGAUGGACCUAACGGUAGUGAAGGAGGAAAUUAUGGACUGGCCAGAUACCGCAGACAGGUUGGCUGGCCAGUGGGUAAAACAGGAGUCGGAGGAUAGGCCUGAGGUGGAGGAUGAGAACGCAGGCGUAUUGGAGGUGAAGCAGGAGACGGAUAGUAGUUUGGUGGUAAAAGAAGAGAAAGUGGAUGAUCCAGAGGUAAAGGAAGAGAAGGUGAAGGAAGAGGUAAUGGACUGGCCGGAAGUGAAGGAAGAGAAGGAUAACUUGCAGAUAAAACGGGAGGAGAAGUUUGUUGGUCAGUGCAUAAAAGAGGAGAUGAUGGAUGGAGAGUGUGUAAAAGAAGAGAAGAAAGAAGCCAUGGAUGAUACAAAGGUGAAAGAAGAGCCUCCAAUAAAUCACCUGGUGGGCUGCAAGCGGAAACUGGCCAUGUCAAGGUGUGAAACGUGUGGUACAGAAGAAGCAAAGUACAGAUGUCCACGUUGUAUGCGGUAUUCCUGCAGUUUGCCCUGUGUAAAGAAACACAAAACAGAACUGACAUGUAAUGGAGUUCGAGAUAAAACUGCAUACAUUUCAAUACAACAGUUUACUGAAAUGAAUCUCCUAAGUGAUUAUCGUUUUUUGGAAGAUGUGGCAAGAACAGCGGACCAUAUUUCUAGAGAUGCUUUUUUGAAAAGACCAAUAAGCAAUAAACAUAUGUACUUUAUGAAAAAUCGUGCCCGAAGGCAAGGUAUUAACUUAAAACUUCUACCCAAUGGAUUCACCAAGAGGAAGGAGAAUUCAACAUUUUUUGAUAAGAAAAAACAACAGUUUUGUUGGCAUGUGAAGCUCCAGUUUCCUCAAAGUCAAGCUGAGUAUGUAGAAAAAAGAGUACCAGAAGAUAAAACUAUUAAUGAAAUCCUAAAACCUUACAUUGAUCCUGAAAAGUCUGAUCCUGUAAUUCGUCAAAGGUUGAAAGCUUACAUUCGCUCUCAGACUGGAGUUCAAAUUUUAAUGAAGGUCGAAUAUAUGCAGCAGAAUUUAGUAAGAUAUUAUGAACUAGAUCCUUAUAAAAGUCUCCUAGACAAUUUGCGGAACAAAGUGAUCAUUGAGUAUCCAACAUUACAUGUGGUAUUGAAAGGAUCCAAUAAUGACAUGAAAGUUCUUCACCAAGUGAAAAGUGAAUCUACCAAGAACCUUGGCAAUGAAAAUUGAGCACUUUUUCUGGAAGAAUAUGAAAAUUUCCAGAGAAUUGCAGCAGACUCUGCAUUGAUGGGCUGUUGGAUGAUUGGGGUAUUGUCAGUGGGUGAUUGGAAUUUCUUGUUUGUAUGAAAAACAAUCUAAACUUUUUUUAAAAAAUGUGUUUUAUAGCCUCUUGAAUUAAUUAACUUGUAAGACCCCUUUAUUCAUAUUAAAAACUCACCUUUGCACUUGAUUAGUGUAGUACUUACUAGGCCCUGGCUUUUAAUAACCUUAAUUCCAUAAACUGAAAGGUGUUUUUAUUUUUUUUCUUUUUUCUUUCUUUCAUUCUUUUUUUUUUUUUUUUUUUUUUUUUUAGGUGGGGUCUUGGAGUGCAAGUGGUAUGAGCAUAGCUUCCUCAAACUCCUGGGCUCAAAUGAUCCUCCCAACAGGCUUCUACCACCACACUCAGCUAAUUUUUUUUUUUUUUUUUUGGUAGAGACAAGUUUUGCUCUGUUGCCCAGGCUGGUCUCAAAUUCCUGGCCUCAAGCAAUCCUCCCACCUCAGCCUCCAAAGCACUGAGAUUACAGGUAUCAGCCACUAUACCUGGACUUGAAAACUUUAUUUGUUAAUUUGAUGCAUGACCAAACCCAAGGAUCACUUGUGUCAACCAGAGUUGGCAUUCUCUUUAGUAGAACCUCAUUAAACAGAAAGGCUCUACAACUCACUGUCUAGCCACAGGAGAAGAACUAGUCAUCCAUCAGUUGCCCUUUCUUAUCUUUAGAGUUCAUAUGUAACUUACCCUUGUGAGACAGCUUUUCUACUUGAGAAACUCCUAGUACAAUGUCUGGACUAAAAGCCUGAAUAAAUACUAUCAACUACUGUUUCUUAUAUUCACUUCAGAAAAUCAGUGGCUCCACAUUGUUUGAGCCAUUCAUCUACUUGUUCAAGUCUUAUAAAUUCUGUGCCUUUCGUCACAUUCCCAGUCCACUCUCAUCAUUACUGCAGAAGGGUGUUGUGAUGGCCAGUUUUAUACUGUAUUUUGAUAUGUCUAGCAAUAACUUUUAAAAAGAAAACUAGGAAAUCAACAUGUUAUUGGAAUGUAUAUGUACAUAUUAAUGUAUAUACACAGCUUAAUUUAUACAUUAUGGCAGCUCUGUAUACAGUUUGAUCUCACAUACUGAAAAAUAAUUAAUUUUAUUGGAGUUUAUGCCACAAUGAAAGUGCAAUAUGAGUAUAAGAGAGUAAAAGAUUGUUACAUCU